CUGUCAAAGACGCUAGUGAUAGUUGAGAGUCGGAUGAUAAAUGUAAUUGACUUAAAAAUAUGUUGCAUGCAAUCUCUUUAAAACUAAUUUUAUUACAUUGUAUUUUUGAUAACGUGCGCUUUUUCCUUUUUGACAUUGCUGUAAAUCGUUUUAAUUAACCACUUUCGAAAAUGUGUCGCUUUAUUUGUGGGAUAUGGAUAUCAUAGAAGCGCUAGUUUGUCAGUCAGAUUUAACUGUUGUUGAAACAUUAUCCGCUGUCGUCCAUUGUUUUCUUUUUUCUUUUUUACAACAACUUCUCCACGUCUGAAUUCUCUGGAACGCACAUCAAGGAGCUUUUGAGGGCUCAGCAUGGUGAACAGUCAGCUGGGUGGGGGUGUGGCGUCACCCCCCAGGUCAUGUGCAGGAUGCGGGGGGAAGAUCGCAGACCGCUUCCUGCUCUUCUCCAUGGAGCGCUACUGGCACACACGCUGCCUCAAGUGCUCCUGCUGCCACGCACAGCUAGGCGACAUUGGCAACACCUGCUACAGUAAAGGAGGCAUGAUCCUGUGUAGGAGUGACUAUAUCAGGUUGUUCGGGCACAGUGGAGCAUGCAGCGCCUGUGGCCAGUCGAUCCCGGCCAAUGAGAUGGUUAUGAGGGCACAGGGCAAUGUGUACCAUCUCAAGUGUUUCACCUGUGCCACCUGUAGAAACAGACUGGUGCCAGGCGACCGCUUCCACUAUGUUAACGGCACCAUCUUCUGUGAGCACGACCGGCCAGAGGCUGCACUGCUCAACAGCCACCUGCCCCCACUCCAGAGUAACCCUGUGCUGCCUGACCAGAAGGACGGCCUAACCCGGACGACGCUGGGACAAUUGUGCGCCACCCUAUGGGACUCCCGAUCAUGGCCGAUUGUGAUACACCCCGAGAUCGAACCAGGUUCUGAAGUGAUGCCUCUAGCACUGAGAUGCAGUGCCUUAGACCGCUGCGCCACUUGGGAUCCUCAUCACCAUCCACCAUCUUGUCUCUUUGACCAGGAGGUUAUUUUUACUUGCAGGAUCAACUUCAGAUGUGUUGUACAUAUCCAUGCUUGAGACAGUGUACAAAUACACCGUAAUGGUGAGUCGUGUGUGAUACAGUGCUGGUCUGCCCAUCAAAGACAAUAUGGACCACAUUAACUACUUCAGGACUGAGGUUACAUGUUGUACUGUAAGUAAGGGACCCCCAAUUCUGUGCAUAUCCAGAACUUUGGUGCUUGUGGACAAAUCUUGCCAUGAAUUUUAAGGGUAUGGCCUGGACCCUCUCCAAGAAGAAUAAAGCAAAUAAAAAUAAGCUUUUCCAUGGAGUCCACUGAAACUCUGUCACAGUGGCAUUGCUGUAGUUAUCAUUAUUGUCAAGAAUAACCCAUCGCCUAGAUAAUGAACUCAGAAUCCCUCUCAAUGGCCUCUCAUCUGUUACUCUGUGAUGUUUAAACCAUCAUAUGAAUUAGGCUGAAGUCAAGGAAGAAGAUACAUGUCCAUUAUUUUUUUAUAAUGCUAUUGUGUGUUUCCCAGUAGAGUUCUAUUUCCUGAAUUAAUGUUUCAUUCAAUUGAAUUAUGGAUGCCUGUUCAAUAUGUGAAAUUAUCGGAUGGAGACAAAAAAUGCUAUUAAAAGACUACUAUAACAUGA